AUGGCGACACCGCCACCCUCGCAGUACGACGCCAUUGGCUCGCGCUACACGCACGCCUUCAAGGCCCUGCCGACCUCGGCCGUCGAGACGACCAACCUGCGCGCCGCCGUCGCGCCGCACGUGCGCGGCGCCCGCGCGCUCGACCUCGGCUGCGGCACUGGCUAUUACUCGCGCAAGCUGCUCGAGUGGGGCGCGGCGGCUGUCGUCGGCGUCGAUGUCUCGCCCGAGAUGGUCGCUGCUGCGAACAGCCAGCAGCAGCACGCGCCCGGUGGCGACGGUGACAAGAAGAGGCUGCGGUUUAUUGUUGGUGACGCCGUCUCGCUGGGCAGGAUAUCACUCCCCGAUGACAACGAAGAAGGAAAGCACGGCGCUUUCGACCUUGCUACGGGCGCCUGGCUGCUGAACUACGCCAGCAGCGCCGCCGAACUGACUCGGAUGUUUGCCACCAUCGCCGCGAACCUGCGGCUAGCGUCCGCUAAAAACAGCAGAGGCGGCGUGUUCGUCGGCAUCACGCCACCCCCCGUCGGCCGCGCAGACAUGGACGCGCUAGCGGCACGCACGAACAACCUCGCUACGGAUGCGGAACGCACCGCCGUGCUAGGCUACUCAGUCGCCUUCCUCGACCGCCUUGCGUCGGGCGAUGGGUGGAAAACCAAGAUGACUGUCUACGGUCCCGGUGGUGCUGGUGCUGGUGCUGGUGCUGGGGAGGACGUCACGUUUCAAAACUACCAUCUCGCCCGCGAGGUCUACGAGGACGCUGCUCGCCGAGGUGGUUUGAGCGGGCGUCUUGAGUGGCGCGCUGUGGAGAUGCCGGCGAUCUGCCUGUGGAAGUCGCUCCCAGAGUAG